GCUGUGGACUGAUCAGACAUUUUAACAGGAAAAAAGUUAAAUCAACUGAAUAAAAAAGUAAGGAUGGCAGUUUGGGACAAAAAGAUUAUCUGGGGCUUCAUGUUGCUGCUGGCUGGUGCUGUGGGUCAGAGUGUGAACUAUCCACGUUCUGUUUGUGCCAUGAAAGGAUCGACUGUCACGCUCCCCUGCACCUUUGAACCACUGGAGUCUGUCACUGAAAAUGGAAAAGAAGUUCUGAUAAAGAUCAACAGAGUAGUCUGGUGCCCAAAUCAUCUCGUUUGUCAGGGCAGCACUCCGUCUGUGUACAACAGCGAAUCAAACAACAACAACCCUCGUUACAGAUACCUGGGUGACAAGAAGGGAGACUGCACUUUACAGAUCACCAAUUUACAGAAGGAGGACAACGCAACUUUUCGCUUCAGGGUGGAAACUAAUAAGAACAAAGCAACUUUUACUGGACCACCAGGAGUGAAAGUCACAGUCAGUUAUUCUGAAAUGAGGAUAAAGAGCUCUUCGACUGAGACAGAGAUGAGAGAGGGUGAAUCAGUCACACUGCGCUGCACAGCACAGUGCACUUUCCACCAGCUGGAGGUCACCUGGUUCAGAGAUGGCUCCGCCCUCCCGGAGACUGGCCCCGCCCUCAAGCUUGACCCUCUGACUGCAAAGGAUUCUGGGAACUACACCUGUUGUCUGAAGAACAACAGCGUCACACUCUCCCAGCCGUACAGCCUGAAUGUGGAGGCUGAAGGAACAACUAGCGCUGCAGUUGACACAAUGCUGGCUAUACAUCUGGUUCUCUUUGUUCUGCACACUGUGCUCAUCAUCAUCGUGGCAUCCAUCAUCAUCAAAAGGACAUGUGUUUGCAGGAAAGCAGCUGCAGAGAUCUGAAAGACUUUACGGCGCAGGUGAAUCAGUGACGUUCACAUCAAACAAACACCAUUUUCUGUUAUUCUGUCUUUAUGGAGGGUCUCUGAGUGUUCGGCCUACCUUUCUUCACUUCCUGAAUUAAAAACAACUGCUGAUGGAAAACAGAUUGUUUCUCUUUCACCUCUUUAUCUGAAAAGAAAUGUUACUGUUUGAGUGGGCAGUUUGUCUGAUGAGAGCAGGCUACUGUAAAAGGUGUCUUAUGAGAUAUCUUAUGAGUAAAGCUGCACACAAACAGGAACCUGCCUCCUGUCACAGGAACAUUUCUGAUAUUUAAACCGGAUAAAAACAGCAAUGCUGUAAUUUUCUGUUCAUGUCAUCGUUGCUCUUUCUGCUCUUUUGAAACACAUACCAUACAAAUUCAUGCUCCUCCACGACUCUGUGGUUGCAUAUUUGCGUAACAAUUUUCCAAACCCACAGUUCAAUGGGGUGUGGACCAUGAGAAGGCAGACUGUGAACGUUUAUGUCGCAGCUUUGGUGUCAGAUUCAGAACCAUUACACCCCGAUAACAUCCUCUCUGCUUCUCUUCAAUUUAAGUUCAAAGUUCAAAAGGUUUUUAUUGUCAAUUGCUAUAUGUGCAGGACAUACAGAGAAUCGAAAUGCUGUUUUCCUCUCACCUAGUAUAAUGUCUUACAAUUUAAGAGCUAAAAGAAAGCUAAAUUGUAAAAAAAAAAUAAAAAUAAUAAUAAUUAAAUAAAAUUAAAUAAUGUAUAACCUUCCCUGUUACCUCUGUGGAAAUAGUCACAUUUGUUAUUAAAAACCAGCACAAGUCUGAAUACUGAUACAGAAUCCUAUAAAUUAAACUGCAUGAUUUUUCGGUCUUUUGGCCCGUAACAGUUUAAACUCUGCUCCUGUUUCAGUCUCCACGACUUCAAUGAGCCCUGACAUCUGUGACAUAUCAGCUCUAAUACUGAUCAGUGUUUGUUUUACUCAGCAGGAUUGUCUCUGUAGUUAAUAUGAUUUACAGGAAGUCAAACAUAUGAUGAGUAUAUAUAUGUCUGUGUAUGCAGCUAGUGUCCGACUGUUGUGUUUUGUUUUGGUUUUUUUUGCUUCAGUCAAUACUUUCAGUUCUUUAAGCUGUUUAUUUCUAUCUGAUAUA